CGCCAUCUCUGCCUAGCUGUGCUUUCGAGACACUGGUGACACUCUCCCUAUCUACUGUACAUCGUUCACAAUGAGCCUCACCACUUGGGCUUUAGGCUUAAUUUGGCUGGUUGGUUCCGUGCAUCCGCACACACUCCGUGCCGGCAAUAGGACUGGUUUGCCAACCGUGCACAUCGUCGGUGGAACUCCCGCUGACGCCGGUGAAUUCCCUCACCUGGCCAGUGUGAAUUUGAAUGGACGUGGAUGCGCUGGAACUUUGAUUGGAGAAAAACAUGUUUUGACAGCGGCUCAUUGUGUUCAUGGUUCAGCCGAUGCUACCGGCUUCGUUGUGUAUCUUAACACGUUGUCAAUUUCCGGCGGAGGGGACGGCUCCGUUACCAGACAAGUAUCGUCAUUUAAGAUGCACGAAGCUUACGACGAUGCGACUCUGAUGAAUGACGUCGCAUUAUUGGUGUUGAGUGAACCAGUGACAGACAUCCAAUUUGUCACUCUUCCGACGGACGACGGGGAGCCUAUUACGGAUGCGCCUACGGAUGCACCUACGGAAACGACAACGGAACCGCCAACGGAGCCGCCAACGGAACCACCAACUACCACAAAACCUACUACUACCAAAAAACCCACUACUACCAAAAAACCGACAACCACAAAAAAACCGACAACUAAGAAACCGACGACGACCAAAACACCGACAACGACUAAAAAACCAAUCACUACCAAUAAACCGACAACCAAAAAGCCAACGACGAAACCAACAACAACAAAGCCGAAAACUACCAACAAACCAACAAUGAAGACAACAACAAAACCUAAAACGACCAAGAAACCAGCCAUGAGAGCUUUCCCUGACUACGCCAACAAACCGGCCGUCAUUGCUGGAUGGGGAACAACCUCUACCGGAGGAAGCGCGUCAGACGUAUUGCUGAAGGCCGACCUCACGAUUCAAGAGAAUUCAUUUUGCACCAGUCAAUACGCAUCGGAGUUCAACAGUACUACUAUGUUGUGUGCCUCCGCAGAUGGAAAAGACACGUGCAAGGGUGACGGUGGCGGUCCGAUUUACGUAGACGGCGUUCAAGUCGGUAUCACUUCCUUUGACGGAGGUUGUGCUGAUCCUAAGUAUGCCGGUAUUUAUACACGAGUCAGCAAUUACGUCAGCUGGAUUAAAACCACCCAGUCGAAUACUAGUCGCUAAAUAUCUUAUCAAUCUUCAUCUAUAAAUCCAUACGGUGGCAGCGUUCGCCGUUGCGACUGAACUUAUUUUAAACGAAAACCUUUUUGCCCUUUCACCCGCAUUCAGCGUAUUUUUUAAAUGUAUGCCGAAUGUAUAUUAUGGUAUUUAGUUUGAUUAUGCACGCGUGAGAAAAAAACAACCCCAUUGUAUUGGGAAAAUAAAUUC